AUGGCUCCUACUGGGAAGCUUUCCGGGUUUCGUCGAGAAGGCAGUGAUUGGUUCUGCAAUGGGGGACUGCCAAGUGAUAUCACUGUUUCCAUCGAGGGUGUCACUUUCCAUCUUCAUAAGUUUCCUCUUGUAUCAAAAAGUGGAAAAAUUGCUAAAGCAUAUGACGAGUCCAAGGAUAGUGAUAAGAAGACACUGAAAAUGGUGCUGGACGAAUUUCCUGGUGGUCCUGACACUUUCUUGAUUGCAGCCAAAUUCUGUUACGGCUAUCGUGUGGAACUGACCGCUAGAAAUGUAGUAUUGGUUCACUGUGCUGCAGAAUACCUUGAAAUGACAGAUGAAUUUGGAGAAGGUAACUUGUUAUCAAAAUCAGAGAGUUUUUUCCAUAAAAACACAUUGCGCAGCUGGAAAGAUUGUAUUUUGGCUCUCCAAAGUUCCGAGCCUGUUCUACCUCGAGCUGAAAAGCUUCUGUUAGUGGGCAAGUGUUUGAAUGCUCUAUCUAUGAUGGUUUGUACGGACCCAAGUUUGUUUGGAUGGCCCAUGAUGAUGUAUGGGAGUUUUCAGAGCCCUGGUGGAAGCAUUCUUUGGAAUGGUAUAAACACUGGUGCCAGAAUUCGGAGUUCAGAAUCUGAUUGGUGGUUUGAAGACAUCUCAUAUCUCAGUGUGAAUUUAUUUGAGAGGCUAAUUAAGACAAUGCAAGCAAGAGGUAUAAGACCUGAAAACCUGGCAGGUGCCAUAAUGUAUUAUUCUAGAAAGCACUUGCCAGGUCUGGGUCGGUGGCAGGGGGGUCAAGGUGGCAAGACCAGAACAGUUGCAAGUUUCAGCUUGACACCUGCCACGGUUGAUCAGAGGGUUCUGUUGGAAAGCAUUGAGAAACUUCUUCCUGACAAGAAGGGAAAAUCUUAUUGUCGUUUCCUGCUGGGACUUCUUCGUGUGGCUUUGAUAUUGAAUGUCAGCGAAACUUGCAAGGAUUCUUUGGAGAGGAGAAUUGGGAUGCAAUUGGAACUUGCAACUUUGGAUAGUCUUCUAAUUCCUACAUAUUCAGAUUCCGAUGCAUUAUACAACACUGACUGUAUUGAACAGAUAGUUCAUUAUUUUAUAUCUACAGAAUCAAAUUUAUCUGCCUUUUCUCCUUCAUCCCAUGACCAGCAAACAUCAGCAUCGCCAUCAUCUGACUCAUGGAGGAAGGUUUCGAAGUUGAUAGAUAGCUACAUUGCUGAAAUUGCUUCUGAUGUUAAUUUAAAACCUGGAAAGAUCCGCAGACUUGCAGAGGCCCUCCCUGAGUCCUCAAGAUUAUUGCAUGAUGGGCUUUACAGGGCACUGGACAUAUAUUUCAAGGCUCAUCCUUGGCUCUCUGAUAGAGAGAAGGAAGAACUAUGUAACAUCAUUGACUACCAGAAACUUUCAAUCCAUGCUUGUGCUCAUGCAUCCCAAAACGACAGGUUACCCCUCAGAGUUGUUCUUCAAGUGCUGUUCUUUGAACAACUGCAUUUGAGAACAGCAUUAGCAGGAUGUCUCAAUGCAUUGGAUGGUGAAAUCGCUCCAGCAGUUCCUGUUCCUGUUACUGCCUUAGCCGGUGAAAUUGUACAAAGAGAUGGAUGGGUGACUGUUGUGCGUGAAAACCAGGUUUUAAAGGUGGACAUGGAUAGGAUGAGUUCUAGAGUUGGAGAACUUGAAGAAGAGUUCAGUAAAAUAAAGCAAGAAAUGAAAAGUGUGACCAAAUCUCACAGUUCCCGAAGCUCCCCUCGGUUGGUUGCCAGGAAAAUCGGGUGUAAGCUCAUUCCUCGGCCUUCAGAUGCUCAACCAGAAUCCCUCAACCGCACUGGAUCCACACCAAGAGCUUCCAUUGAACGCGCCAGGCGUUCCCUUAAGUCCAAGCACUCGGAAAGUUUUACUUGA